AUGGAUCAGCAACGACACGAUCUGAGCGACGACGAUGCUCAUGUCAAGCUUGAGACGACUGAGCAACACGACGGCGACCAACGACGAACGACCCUGGUAACACAUCCAGAGGGCCAUGUCGCCUUUCCUGGCCACAUACCUCCCGCAGUCGACUCCCCCGAAAGCCCACAGUCCCCCAAACACGCGGGCAAGAAUGCGAGUGCUGAUGACGGAAGACCGCGCAUAAGAUCAGAGCCCGGGCUUGUAUCGGACGCUUCGACUCGACUUGCAACAUCUCAAUCCCAGACCCGACCAAAGCCUACCAAGACGUGGCAGACGGAGCAGCUACGGCGCAACCACCGACAACACUCUUUCUUCCGACCAGGUCCCGCCAGGGCCGGCACAUCAUACCUUAACAAGGCCAUCUGGGAAGGUACACGGUCGGAUUCCAGCUCCAGCUCCAGUUCCCUGAACGAGGAUGACGGCCAGGACGUAUCCGACCAAGAACAGAGGCGGAGGGCCCACGAGAAGAUGGCUGCUGCGAACGAAGACGAGGAUAGAUACCGUCGGUUCAAUGUUGGCAACCAGAACUAUCGCACGACCGGAAAAGUGAAGAAGGAUGGCCGUCUGCGCAUCACAGUUAACGAGACGGCGGGCACCGGAUAUCUGGCCAAGGCUCUGGGGGCCGCCAUGAACAAGGUUUCAUCCACGAGAGACGACCAAGGGCAUCAAGUGCCAGAGAUCAGACUGCCUGACGGAUUACGCUCAUCUUCUGCUUCGAUCGCGGACACAAAGCCUCGCUCACGACUGAACAUCGUCAUCAUGGUCAUUGGCUCGCGAGGAGAUGCCCAGCCAUUCCUCAAGAUCGGCAAAGUUCUCAAGGAGGACUACGGACACCGCGUGCGCAUCGCCACGCAUCCUGCAUUCCGUGACUUUGUUGAGAAGGACUCAGGCCUGGAGUUCUUCUCUGUUGGCGGCGACCCAUCCGAGCUGAUGGCCUUCAUGGUCAAGAACCCCGGCCUGAUCCCGACACUAGAGACGGUCAAGGCCGGCGACAUCGGGAGACGUCGUGCUGCCAUGGCUGAGAUGUUUGAUGGUUUCUGGCGUGCUUGUAUCAACGCGACGGAUGACGAGUCGGAUCGACAAAAUCUGAAGAUGAUGGGCGAGAAGGACCCCUUCGUGGCCGACGCUAUCAUCGCCAACCCCCCUAGCUUCGCACACAUUCACUGCGCUGAGGCUCUGGGCAUACCCGUGCACCUAAUGUUUACCUUCCCUUACACUCCAACGCAAGCCUUCCCUCAUCCUUUGGCGAGCAUCAAGAAUUCCAAUGUCGAUGCUGGAUAUACCAACUUCAUCUCAUAUCCUUUGGUUGAGAUGAUGGUCUGGCAAGGCCUUGGCGAUCUGGUCAACGAAUUUCGUGUCAAGACGCUGGCCCUGGAUCCCGUCUCAACCCUUUGGGCCCCUGGUGCCACAUAUCGACUCCAUGUUCCGUUUACAUACCUGUGGUCACCAGGUCUGGUGCCGAAGCCGGAAGACUGGGGAAGCGAAAUCGACGUGUCCGGCUUCGUCUUUCUCGACCUGGCCUCAACUUUUAAACCCCCCAAAGAACUCGAGGACUUUCUGGAGGCUGGCGAAGCUCCCAUUUAUAUUGGCUUUGGUUCAAUCGUUGUGGACGAUCCUGAUAGAUUCACCCAAAUGAUCUUCAAGGCCGUUGAGAUGGCGGGUGUUCGUGCCUUGGUCUCCAAAGGCUGGGGCGGACUUGGCGGCGAUGAUGUCCCAGACAACAUCUUCAUGCUCGACAACACGCCUCAUGACUGGCUCUUCCCGAGAGUCAAGGCGUGUGUCAUCCAUGGAGGCGCAGGGACAACGGCCAUAGCUCUCAAAUGCGGAAAGCCAACCAUGAUCGUCCCCUUCUUUGGUGACCAGCACUUCUGGGGCAAGAUGGUAAGCAGCGCAGACGUUGGCCCUGAGCCAGUCCCCUACAAGCACUUAAGUCCUGAGAAGCUGGCCGAGGGCAUCAAAUUCUGUCUCACCGACAAGGCCAGGGACGCUGCAGGAGAAAUUGCCAAGCGCAUUGCGGAAGAGGGUGAUGGAGCGACGAAUGCCGUCAAGGAGUUCCACAGACAAUUGAACCUCAAGGAUCCAAGCAUCUUGCGAUGCUCUAUUCUCAAAAACCAAACCGCCGUCUGGGAGUUGAAGGGCACUCGCGUCAGACUCAGUCCGUUGGCGGCAGAUAUCCUAGUGGACAACGGCCUCCUUAGUUGGAAACGCCUGAGGUUGAUCAGGCAUGCCGAGUGGAAUGACUUCGAGGGCCCUGGUGAGCCGGUUACAGGAGUUGCAGGAUCGAUCGCCGGCACAGUUGGCGAGGCGUUUACCGGUAUCGUCAGUGUUCCGUAUCACUGGGCGAAGAGGACGAGAUCCCGGAGAAAGAAGAAGGGUAAGAAAGGACCCAAGUCUAGCUCCAAGGAGCAGGCAAAGAUGAACGGCAAUGGGGCAGAAAACGACGCAGCUGACUCGGAUGACCCUGUGGACGCUGCAUCCCUCCACACUGAGACGACAAUCGGCGAAACCAGAGGCCAGUAUGUCGGCGACGUGGCAAACGGCGUUGAAAGGACAGCGACUGCCAUUGCAAAGGCACCGGUAGAUCUUUCAAUGGCCCUGGCUCAGGGAUUCCACAACGCUCCUCGUCUGUACGGAGAUGACACUGUCCGACGGCCGCCUCGAGUGACGGGCUUCCGUUCUGGCCUUCGGGCGGCGCGCUUCGAGCUUGUUUACGGUGUCUACGAUGGCUUCACUGGUGUGGUUCGCCUUCCGAUCCGAGGCGCGAAGCAAAAUGGCGCGAUCGGGUUUGUCAAAGGAACAGGUAUGGGCCUGACGGGACUGGUCCUCAAGAAUCUUGCUGCCAUCGUGGGGCCCGUCGGAUACACACUCAAAGGUGUGGUCAAGCAAGCUGAACGAUCCAAGACGCCACAAAAGUUGAUCCGUCGUGCUCGCAUCGUCCAAGGGCAGAGGGAAAUCAAGGAUCUCCCAGAUGACAGGCGGAAGGACCUCGCAAAGGAGGUUGUUGAGGGAUGGCACGUCAUGAAGGACCUCUGCGAGAUGGUCAAGAAUGUAGAGCGGCAACGAGGCCUUGUCGGGCAUAUCGAUAGGGUACUCCUCGACACAGGCGCCCUCUUCGAAGACGUCGACACCGCAAAGAAAUCCCUGGAGGCGUUGAAGAAGGGCGAAACCUUGGAGGAUGUCCUGAGCCCGGAGCGAGGAAGGGGCCGUGACGGAGAGAAGAGAGGCGAGAAACGCAGCGUCUCUAUUCGAAGAUCGCUUAAUUUGGCCAAGAGGAGUGAAGACCGGAAGCGGGCAUUCUCGCCAGAGAAACAGGAGACCGGUCAGAGUCAGCAGGAGUCUGCCCAGGGAGACAGGCUGCUUGUUCCGGGAAGUUGUUAG